UUUUGAAGGUCGGGACCGGAAAGCUCGCUGUUAGUUAGCUGCCUGGAGAAGUAAGAGAGACAUUAGUUCAGCAAAUUCAGCAAUAUAGACUAAUUGAGAAUGGCCGGGACGGCUUCAGUAGCCGGUGAAGUGUUUGUCGAUGCUUUGCCGUAUUUUGACCAAGGGUACGAUGCAGCAGGUGUCAGAGAAGCGGCUGCAGCGUUGGUUGAGGAGGAGACCAGAAGGUACCGACCUACCAAGAACUACCUGAGCUACCUGCCCACGCCUGACUUCUCUGCCUUUGAGACGGAAAUUAUGAGGAAUGAAUUUGAACGGCUUGCGGCUCGGCAGCCCAUGGAUCUCCUGAGCAUGAAGAGGUAUGAGCUGCCAGCGCCUUCAGCAGGACAGAAGAACGACAUUACAGCAUGGCAGGAGUGUGUCAACAACUCCAUGGCCCAGCUGGAGCACCAGGCAGUCCGCAUUGAGAACCUGGAGCUCAUGUCGCAAUACGGAACCAACGCAUGGAAAGUCUACAAUGAUAACUUGGCCUUCAUGAUUGAGAUGGCACAAAAGGAACUUCAGAAAUUCAGGAAGCAAAUUCAGGAUAUGAACUGGCAGCGUAAGAAUGAUCAGUUGGCAGGUGGAGCCAAACUACGAGAGCUGGAGUCAAACUGGGUAUCUCUGGUCAGCAAGAACUAUGAGAUCGAGCGGGCCAUCGUCCAGCUGGAGAACGAAAUCACUCAGCUCAGGCAACAGCAGGGGGACGAGAACAAGGAGAAUAUCCGACAGGACUUCUAGAGCAGCCGUAGCAGCUUUCACCCUCACAGCACUGGUCCACAAACUGAUGAUCCCUCAGUCACAGGUUUCGUCUCGUAUCAUAAGGGGAACGGGACUAAGAAGCCACGAGAUUUAAUAUAAAACUGCAUCAUCCAAUAACUUUGACAUUAAGGAGCUGCCCAGAAACCUCAGUGACAAUACACAUUUUUAUGAGACCUCACUCCUCUUAUUCCACUGGAAAAACAGUGGUGGAAUAUGGUAUAAUGCGGCUUUUUGAGUUUUUUUUUUUUUUUUUCCCCAAAAGAUCACAGAUGUUUAAAGCGAGACUAUGUACAGUUUGCAAAAAGAUGGAACAUAUUCACCUUCCUACAAAUGGAAAGUUGAUUUCGUAAGCAAUUAAACACACAUUUGUUCAAUUCGAUACAAUCAUGGGCUUUGCUGCUACAGAACAGCCUCACUGGGUGUGGUAUGACCAGUAGCUUAUGGUGGCUAAUGCUAGCUAACUGUAGCUCGAUAUUGCUGUGUAACUGGCAUUGCGGAGUCGGAACGCUGGCUUGAAGUUUGUUUUCUUCACAUGCUACUGUUGUACCAGCAUUAGCAUUUAACAUUACUUCAUAAAUACAAAACAUUAUUCAGCAAAAUUUACAUAGUGUCGCUUUAAAAUGUUCUUUAUACCAGCAUGUAGGGUUCAGUCUUUGAGGCUGCCUACCAACAGAGGACUGAGUUUAGAAUUAAGUGUACAUAGUUUAAGUCUGUUGAAGACAAAUUCUCUCUGUGAGCCCUGUCUUGACUUCCAUUCUUGUAAUUUUUUAUGCUGUUUUAAUAAAAUUAAUAUUUCCUAG